GCUUCUGUCUGCCGAAGCUGCUGGCGCGUUUUACUACUCACUUCAAUCACAGGUAAAGAACGUAUCCUGACAAAUAAUUUUACGUUAAAUUUUUUGUUUGUGCUGUAUGGAACCAUUAUAAGUACUGGAAAAUUUAUCAAUAUAAUUAAUAUGCAACGUUCGCCAACUAAAAGAGGAAGACCACCACGUCAAAAGGCAAAAUCAAUUAGUAGAAAGGAAACUGCUUCGACCACUAAUAUUAUGUUAAUCACAGAUUGUAAUGAACACGUAGAAAGAACUUCUCCUGAACCACUCUCUGCAAAUGCAGGUUUGAACCCUGAAACAUCACUUCUAAGUUCACAAAUAUCAGGUGAGCCAUUUGAUUUUUUAUCUUCACCAGGAAAAUUGGAAAAUUCAUCUGAUAUGUCGGGUUUGACACUAUGGAAUAAAAUUUCCGAAUUAAUUAAUGUUUCUAACACGAGAAUUUUAAAUCAAAUGACUAUUAUUAAAGAAGAUUUGGACCAGAUUCGUAAUAGUAUUCAAGAAACUAAGGAUCAGAAUCAGAAAAUUAAUAGCCAAAUAAUUAAUCUUGAACAACAAAUUGUUAAUUUGAAAAUAGAAAAUGAAAGUAUGCACUAUCGAAUGGACAAUAUGGUUAAUGUGCAACAUCGUAAUAAUAUAAUGUUUUAUAGAUAUCCUAGUAAAACCAGUCCUACCAAGUUAGAAGUGUUUAAUCUUAUUAAAGAAUCAUUUGAAUUACAUGAAGUUACAAUGGAUGAUCUAAUAGCGAUUAUUCCAAUAACUAAAUCACAGUAUCCAACAAUUAAAUUAAUUAUUAAAAAUUCUCAAAUAAGAGAUUAUAUUUAUUCGAGUUUUAUAAAAAUGAAACAACAAAAUCUAUCGAAUCUAUGGAAAGAAACUCAAAUUUCACAGGACCUCACUAAAAGAUCUAGAUUAAGACGAAAACAAUUAAUUCCUUUUUUAAGCGAGUUAAAGAAAGCAGGUAAAUAUCCUAAACUCCGAGGUGAUUCUAUUCUGUUGGGCAAUUAUUCUUUGACGUAUAGCUAUGUGUUGGAGGAGCUGGUAUACUCGGAUUCUUUUACCCCGUUUUCUACUUCUGAGAAUACUCUGCAAUGACAUAUUAUUAAUUUAAAUACACCUAUCCAAGACUUACGCUUUGUGGAGACUCAAAUUUCAAGUCCUUUGUCUGCUGCAAAUAAUAAAUGAAAGUUUACACGAUAUUGCGUACAAUUAAAAAGUCUCCCAUUUUGAAAAAUGGAAGAAAUUAUAUAUACCUAAAAAAGAAAUAAUUACAUUAUUGUUUAUUUAUUGAUUAAUAAAUUAGAAAUAAAUAACCUGACAUAAAAUUUUGGUUAAAAUUAUGGUAAAUGUACUUCUCGAACAACAGCAAAUACUAUUUGAAGUUUUUCGUACAUACGAAAUUUUGAGAAGCUCUAUUCUUUUUGUUGUUAUAACUGGAGAUUUAAAUGCUAUAUUGUACAGUUCAUGAUUUUGCUAUAUAAAGGACCUAACGUUAUAAAUUAAAACAUUCGUAAAGCCAAAGAUGUUAAACAGACUAAAAUGGAUUGUAACUUUCUAAAAUUAACGACUCAAGCUCAAUUAUAUAUGUUUAAUGGCAGAAUUGAAAAGGUCUUGCCUUCUGAAUUUAUUAUGUAUUCACUUCGGGAAGCUCUAUUAUCGAUUUGUUUAUAUGUUUAGUAUUUCUAGUGGAUUUAUGUUUGGAGAUUCAGGUAUUAUAUUGUGAUUUAUCAGACCAAUUUUCUGUUAGUUCGUUCUUUGGAUUGAAAGAAUUGUAUCAUAUUGAUUGUGUUAUACCGAAGUAUCAGAUAAUUGUCUAUCAAUAUCAAUGAUAUCAAGUCUUCUGAAGAACUGGAUUUAUUUAUUCGUAAAUUUAAAUAUUAAUACAGAUCUUGGAAUGGAUAUAAUUACCAUUAAUUUUAUUAAUCUUCUACCGCCAGCGGGUAGGCAAGUUCAUCUUGAUAUUUAUAACCAUUUUUAUAAAAUAUAUAUUAUUUUUUCACUGAGUGUACAAAGAUUGUUGAAGCGCAAUGUAAAUCUAAAUUAAAAGAAACUUAUGAUUUAAAUUAAUAGGAAAAUUUCAGAACCAAUCUAGAAAUAAUUCUGUUGUGUAAGAUGUAUAAUAUUUAUAAUUUUUUGUUCAUAUUUUAAAGAUUUUGAAAUAUGAUAGUGUAGAUUGCAUGAUUGGUAUACUAUGUUUAUUAAGUUUUAUGUAAUAGGAUACUUAAAACAUGUUUAAAUGAAUAUUAAUUGUAUUCUUGUAAUUUUCUAAAGCCAACCCCCCUGUAACAAGACUUUUCUUAUUACA